CGGUCCUCCCUCCCUCCCUUCCUCCCUUUUCCCUUCCCCCUCCCGCCUUAUAUCCCCGCCUCUCGGUGCGCUGCAGCCAGAUCCGUGGGGUCGCGAUGGGGGGCGCAGCACGGACCACCCCAGCUUAGCCUGGGCUCUCCAGGUGAGGACUGAGAAAGGAGGAGGAUGCUGGUGCUGGAGGGGGUGGCAAUCUAUUGGAGCAAGGUUUCCACGAAGGAGCAGAAGGAAUAUGGAGGGACGGACAAAAUAGAGCAGUGGAUGGAGCAGGCCACUCCUGGAUGGUUCCUGCUUGGACUUUGCUGUCCAGAGCCUAGGGGGCUCUGACGGGUCCAAGAUUUUCCUUGCAGCGCACCAUGGAAGGUUUCAGCAGCCUGGAGUGUGUUCCUGCUUCUGCUGUUCCUGCUUCUGCAGCACCUUUAGUUGAACCUCUGGAACCAGAGAGCUGGGAGAUCUCACGAGCAGCUCAGGAGCCCCCCAGCUCCGAAGGAUCAUUGUGUGGGGCAAGGGGACCCGCUGAUGGGAGGGGAGCAGCACCCAACUUUGGCACUCCCAAGAGCAAGGGCCAGCAAGGGCCCCGGGCCCCACCUUCCCGUGAUGCUGUUGUUUCAGAGCCCCCCCAACCUGUGCUGUCAGCAGGGCCUGAGAGUCUCCCUUCUGACCGCUCUGUCUCCACCGCCUCUACCUGCUCCUCACUGGCCGGAUCUUCGCAGGAGUCUGAUGAGGUUUUCAGUGACUUGGAGGAGAAGAGUCCUGGCAAGAAACGGGUGCUACGGAAGACCAAGUCCUGGAAGACCUUUUUCACAAUGGUGCACUGGUCCUUGCGGAGACGCAGCUCCUGGGUGCAGUUGGCUGGUCAUGAAGGAAACUUCAAGGCCAGUGAAAAAGGGCAGAUCUUGAAGAAGUUCAGUCCAGUGGAAAACACCUGCCUGGUGGAGCUGAUGGGUGACGUCCUGCAUCCCUUUGUGCCCACCUACCAUGGAGUGGUGGAGACCAAUGGGGAGCACUACAUCCAAAUGGACGACCUCUUGUGCGGCCUCGACAUGCCCAGCAUCAUGGACUGCAAAAUGGGCACCAGGACCUACCUGGAGGAGGAGGUGAACAAAGCUGGGCAAAGCCCAGUGGCACGGCGGGACCUGUAUCAGAAGAUGGUGAAGGUUGAUCCACUGGCCCCCACGGCCCAGGAGCAUGGCCAGGCUGCUGUCACCAAGCCACGGUACAUGCAGUGGCGGGAAAGCAUUAGUUCCAGCGCUACUCUUGGAUUCCGUAUUGAGGGUGUUACGAUGGAAGGGGGAGUCGUGCAGAGGGAUUUCAAGCAGACCCGCACUAAGGAGCAGAUUGUAGAGACCUUCUUGACAUUUACCAGGAGUCACGUGGAUGUGUUGAGCACGUACCUUGCUCGCCUGGAGAGUCUGCGCCAGGCCCUGAAGGAGUCCAUCUUUUUCAAGACCCACGAGGUGAUUGGCAGCUCCCUGCUUUUCCUCCACGACCGGAAGGGCCAGGCCAGUGUUUGGAUGAUUGAUUUUGGCAAGACGCGCCCCACGCCAGCGAACGUCCAGCUGAGCCACAACGUGGCCUGGACUCAGGGAAACCACGAGGACGGCUACCUGCUCGGCUUGCAGAACCUGAUCGACACCAUGCAAGCCACCUUGGACAAGGCCAAGAAGCACCAAGAAGAGACAGCCGCUUUCCACUCUUAAGCCCGGCGGGGCUGCCUGGCAGCCUUAGAUUCCAAAACCAGAGGAGGUAGAAAAGGCCCAGCCGGUCAGUUUGGGAGGAGGCCGGCGUGGGGCGAGAGGCGCAGUCCCAAAGGAAAGCUACGCUAUUCGUGGCUUCCUUAGCACAGGGGCCCCAGUGGAGUCAAACCUCCGGGAAUUUUCAAAGCGGCAUUUAUAUAUUUGAUCCCUGCCCAGGACUUUCUUCAUGUACCACUUACAUGGAAGGACAAGGUUAUGAGAUAGCAGCCUUGGAGCUACAGGGUGAAGGCAAAGUGUGUGGAUCAGGCUUCUCGUGUCUAUGGGACUGCAGCCAUGUGCAAAAAAAAAUACCAGGUAGAACACCUUAAAAGGUAGCUCAGCAGCCCUCAUGUCAGCCCCUGAACAUAUGAAGCCACCCUCCACUGAAUCAAAACAUUGGCCUGUUUAAGUUAGUGUUGUCUGAUUGCCAGCAGCUCUCCAGUAACAUUUAACAAAGAGAGAGAUUCAGAAUUGAA